UUUCACUGAGUAUCUCCACUUUCAAUUCUAGAUCAGGAACUGAGAACAUAUCUAAAUUUUCUAGUUUUAUAGAAGACUUUUAUCCACAAGAAUCAAGAUCUUCCCUCUCUGAGCAGACGGAGUCUCGCUCUGUCGCCCAGGCUGGACUAUAAGGAAUCCUUUGUGCUUUGAAGACUUUAGAUUCCUCUCUGAGGUAGACGUGCAUUUACAAUUAUUUGAUGGGGUGGAUGCGUGGUCGGAGGCCUCGACACAGCUUGGAGAUGAGUGAAUUUCAUACUUAUCAGUUGGGUCUAGCAAAGAGUGAUUUUUCAAUACGAUGCCAAAAGCAAAGACGUCCAGUAAUCAAAAGCAAAUGUAGAGAAAACGCAUCUCCACUUUUUUUCUGCUGUUUCAUUGCUGUAGCUAUGGGAAUCCGUUUCAUUAUUAUGGUAACAAUAUGGAGUGCCGUAUUCCUAAAUUCAUUAUUCAACCAAGAAGUUCAAAUUCCCUUGACUGAAAGUUACUGUGGCCCAUGUCCUAAAAACUGGAUAUGUUAUAAAAAUAACUGCUACCAAUUUUCUAAUGAGAGUAAAAACUGGUAUGAGAGCCAGGCUUCUUGUAUGUCUCAAAAUGCCAGCCUUCUGAAAGUAUACAGCAAAGAGGACCAGGAUUUACUUAAACUGGUGAAGUCAUAUCACUGGAUGGGAUUAGUACACAUUCCAAUAAAUGGAUCUUGGCAGUGGGAAGAUGGCUCCAUUCUCUCAUCCAACCUACUAACAAUAAUUGAGAUGCAGAAGGGAGACUGUGCACUCUAUGCCUCAAGCUUUAAAGGCUACAUAGAAAACUGUUCAACUCCAAAUACAUACAUCUGCAUGCAGAGGACUGUGUAAAGACGAUCAACCAUCUCAAUAAAAGCCAGGAACAGAGAAGGAUUACACCAGCGGAAACACUGCCAACUGAGACUAAAGGAAACAAAUAAAACGGGAAAAAUGACCAACGACUGUCAGAUUUCUUAGAGUCCACAGGACCAGACCAUAGAACAAUUUCACUGCAAACAUGCAUGAUUCUCCAGGACAAAGGAAGAGAGAUCCCAAAGGCAAUUCAGAUAUCCCCAAGGCUGCCUCUCCCACCAUAAGCCCAGAGUGGAUGGGCUGGGGGAGGGGUGCUGUUUGAAUUUCUAAAGGUGGGACCAACACCCAGGCGAUCAGUGAAGGGCGAGAAGCCCAGCAGAUCCCUGAGAGUGCAACCCCCACCUCCACAGGAAAUUGCCUCCUGGGCAGGGCCAUAGCAGAGGGACACAGCAUGGGCAGUGCCUUCCCUGCCUCUGGGGGUCAUGCUGCCACUUUUAAUGGGUCCUCUACCACCCCCAGACACUCUGGGUUGGAUUAGUCGUCCGUCCCUGGGAGGUGAUCAAGCCCCCUUCGUCCCUAUGGCACGGGCUUUCCUGCCUUGGGCCUUUACUCCUUACCGCAGUUCCCGAAGUGCUGGUAUUGUCCUGCGGCCCCGUCCCGUUGCUCUGCCAGGCAGGGUGCCAGCACAUGGGGAGAGCCGGUCUCCAUCCGGGUGAAGCUCACCUGCAGCACACCUUGCAUGCCGGGUCUCCCCUGGCCCCGGGGCCCUAGUACCGCAGGCAAAGGGGACAGUAAAUCUGUCAUCUCCAAUCCCGGGUGAGCCCCCAGAAUGUAGUGCGAUAGUUAAGAAAUCAGAGAGACCCAGGUGUUGAGGAGGAUAUUUAUUAUUUAGGUGCGCUGGACCAGUCAGAUUAACAUCCAAAGGACUGAGCCCUGAACAGAGUCAAGUUACCUUUUAAGCAUUUCGUGGGUGGGGGAAGAUUUGUGCAGGGGGAAGCAUAUUACAGAAACAAGAAACAAAGACAGUUAUUCAAUUGA